CGAGACAAUAAACCUAGCCACCCUUUGAUUCGAAGAGACGAGUCUCGUUCGGUCGUGGCUAUCGCAAACACACAUCAGAAAAACGUGAACACUUGCAAAAAAAAUUUAAAAAGGGGGAAGUGCUUGGCUAGCUUUCUCCUGGGUUUUUCCACACAAUUUUUUUACGCUUUUUCAGUUUUGAAGGAAAAGAAAUUCGUUCCCCCAGUCAGCCAUUGCACUGUGUGUUUCUGGUGUGUGUGUGUGUGUGUCAACAAAAAACAGAUAAAUUCUAUAUUGUGUGCAGCUUGGUAAUCUGUUUGCAAACCAUCGUUCGGUUCUACAUGUGUUUGGGGGGUGUUAUUUCCCAGCAGUUUCGCAGGUGGAUGAACUCUGAGGCAACUCCGUCGGGAGGACUUGGUCGUGUCAACAACUUACAACAACCAAACUACUAACAACCAUGUCGUUACGUCCACCACAACAGCAGCAGCAGCGAUGGAUUCUGGUUUUAUUGUUGGCCAUCUUGUCCGCUCAGCAAUGCCAGACCAGCACACUUUCCGGCAGCAACAUUUGUACACGUCAAGAAAAAUAUUUCGUGACGGUCAAAAUCUCCUAUUUGCAGCCGUACAAAGUCAGGACAUUUACCACCUGUGUGGCUUUUCCACCUUGGUGUUCACGCUACACGGUCCACAAUAAAGUAGCCUUCAAAACUGAGUCGGUAGAGAAGAUGCGUGUCUUGGAGGAUUGUUGUUCAGGUUACGCCCGAACGGCUGACAAUAGCAGCUGCGUUCCCAUUUGUGGCCAGCAAUGCCUGCACGGAACUUGCGUGGGACCGGACAACUGUAAAUGCGAACCAGGCUAUGGCGGACCUACAUGCAACAUUGCUUGCCCAGAGCACAAAUGGGGCCCAAAUUGCAGCAAUAGCUGUCCGUGUCUAAAUGGAGCGAAAUGCGAUCCGGUCAAUGGCAGUUGCACCUGCACGGCAGGUUGGAAAGGUCUCCAUUGCGACUAUCCGUGCCCCAAAAACUAUUAUGGCCAGUCUUGCUCUCUCAAGUGUCAGUGCCGGAAUCAAGCCUAUUGUGAUCCAGUUUCAGGAGCAUGCGCCUGUCAACCCGGUUGGAAUGGGCCACUAUGCGAUGAACCUUGUCCGGAUGGAACUCACGGCCAAAACUGCGCGUCCAGUUGCCGGUGUCAGAAUGGCGGUACAUGCAGCCCCAUUGAUGGCAAAUGUUUCUGUACUAGCGGAUGGACGGGUGAAGUGUGCGCCAAUCCAUGCCCGGAUGGAACUUGGGGUGCCCAAUGCUCUCAACGUUGUUCCUGUCACAACAAUGCCCGUUGUGAUCACAUUAACGGCUCAUGCCACUGCUUGCCCGGCUAUCGAGGCGAUCAAUGUCAAGAACAAUGCCCGCCAGGAAUGUACGGAAAGAACUGCGAAACUCCCUGCAAGUGUUUGAACGGAGCCAUUUGCAACAUCACGAACGGUUCGUGCGCCUGUACCGAAGGCUGGACUGGCCCCGAUUGCAGCCAAAGGGCCUGUCCUGACAAGCUGUACGGCCCAGGUUGCACUCAGAUCUGUCCGUGCUCCUCCAACAAUACUGAAUUGUGCCAUCCGUGGACUGGUGAAUGCAUGUGUAAGGCCGGCUGGGACGGCCAAACGUGCUCAAGACCUUGUCCAACCUACACGUUUGGUUUGGGCUGUCGAAACGUCUGCACUUGCAAGAACGAUGCCCAUUGCGACCCCGUCACCGGCACCUGCGUCUGUCUGUCAGGUUAUAUCGGCAAUGAUUGUCAAGAUCAGUGUCCCGAGGGUUUUUACGGAAACAAUUGCACCAAUAUAUGCGCUUGCAAGAAUGGAGGCAAUUGCUCAAACACGGACGGACAAUGCAAAUGUCCCAUUGGAUGGUCAGGUUUAUUGUGCGAAUCGCCCUGUAGGGCUGGUUUCUACGGUGAAAACUGCAAGGAACAAUGCCAUUGUAAAAAUGGAGCUUCCUGUCAUCACGUCACAGGCGAAUGUUCGUGCAGCGCUGGAUUCAAGGAUGACGCAUGCAAUGCCACCUGUCCGGAAGGCCGUUUCGGUUUGAAUUGCGAGGAAACGUGCGAGUGUCAAAAAACAACAACGACGGCAUGCGAUCCCGUGACGGGCGAGUGUUUGUGUCACGCCGGCUACCGCGGGGUUCGCUGCGAGACUCAAUGCCCCAAGGGUCGAUACGGGCCAGAAUGCCGUUCCAUUUGUCACUGCGAGAAUGACGGAUCGUGCAACAAUCUGGGCGAUUGUUACUGUCAACGCGGCUGGACAGGUGAAUUGUGUGAGGAUCGCUGCGAAACAGGUUUUUAUGGAAAGAAGUGCCGGCAACGUUGUCCUUCCUGCGUCAAUGGUAACGGCAAUUGUAAUGCGGUUGAUGGACGUUGUUCUUGCCAGCCCGGUUACUUGGGAAUUCGAUGCGAAGAGCCUUGCCCUAAAGGAAUGUAUGGAGAAGCCUGUCAACAGAAAUGUAAUCGUUGCAAAAACGGUGCGGAAUGUCAUCACGUCAGUGGUGAAUGCCGUUGUCUUCCCGGCUGGAAAGGAGAGGAUUGUUCAGUUCCUUGUCCGCCCAAUACGUGGGGCAUUGCUUGUACUCAAAGAUGUACCUGUCUCCAUAAUGGAACUUGCCGACCUAAUGACGGUCAGUGUCGAUGUCACGACGGUUGGAUGGGCCCUCAGUGCAACGAAAUUUGCCCCGAAGGUUAUUACGGUCAGCAUUGCAUGAGUCAUUGUCAGUGUCCGAAUGAUAAUUUCAUCUGUCAUCCGGCCAGCGGUUGCGUGUGUCGCGAAGGAUUCCGGGGUGAUCAAUGCGACAUUGCCAUUUAUUCGCCAGUGAGUGACAAGAGUCAAUUGGGCGAGCCAAUUGUGCCCGUCAAUCACGGUGGUCUUAUUGGCGGUCUCAUCGUGUCCAUCUUGUUAAUUGUCAUCGUUAUCGGUGCCCUGAUCUACUAUCGACGUCGAAUCUCUCACUUGAAAUCAGAAUUGGCACACGUCCAGUACAUUGCUGAUCCAAGUUCGGCUCCCGAGUUCUACUCUUCUCAAAGUGGCAUUGUUGACACCAAUUCUUUGCCGGCCAAGAAAGAUCGGCAUCAUUUUGACAAUCCAGUUUACUGCUAUCCGACGGGCGGUGCGAAUGGAAUUGCUGGAGCGACGGCAGCCGUUGGCGGUUUGAAUAACACGCGCAUACGCAACGAUCUCGGAUGCUCUUCCGGAACCAAAAGCAAUCUGACCAAUUUGGAGCGAGCCAAAUUGGGACCCAAUUCACUUGACGAUGACUGUUCAGAAGGAGCUUAUGGCGGAUCGAUAUCGAGCACGGCCGAGUUGUACAAGAACCGGGAAGCCGACAUGGGCAACCCCAAUUUCAACAAUUUCAACAUCUAUCACACGAUCGACGAAGAAAAGGUGUCCAAGAGCGUCGAGCACCUCUACGACGAGAUCAAGCACAAGAAUAAAGAUUAUGAUUCCAGUUUACAGUCGACGAGGCAUACGACCGAUUGGACGAUUCACGACCACUUACAGAGGUCCGGCCGCAAUAUUUGCGGAUCGCUUCCGGAUCGUUGGGUUCUCUGGGAGGCUUGGGAGCCUCUCACUCCGUCUUUCCCAGCGGCUCCAGCGUCACCGCCUCUACCGUCUCCACCUCCGCCGCCAGCGAUCCGGCGACAACACCGCUCUCGAUAUCAAUAGGAGGCGGAGGUUUCCGCUCGGAUGGAGGUCGAUCUUCUUCUCCAUCACCGUCGUCGUCGACCACUUCGUCUCUCAGUCUCGAUAGUGCCAAAGUCUAGCAAGAAAAAGUGACAACUUAGAAAAAGAAAAUAUGAAAUCAAUUGAAAAACAAAAGGGAAAAUUUUAUUCAUUUGCACUCAAUCAUUUUGAAGGAAAUUGAUAACACGAUUUUUGUUUUUCUUUAAAUUUAUGCGAGUAGUUAAUCUGAUGAAUUUUUAAGUGUCCUCCCAUCUCACUUUUUUAUCUAUUUCUUUAUUUUUUGAGUUUAUGAGCACCAACUCGUGUGUCUGGAGGGAUCUCUUCUACUGUAAAUCCAUCCCCUGAGUUUUAAUUUACCUGUUUGUUUUAUUAUUUCACUUUCUUUUAAUCGUGUCAAAUGUGAAUGCACAUAACAUCAAUCCAAAUGUAAUUUUUGUCUUCCCCCUUUUUAAUUUACGAACUAAACGAAAAAUAUCGAUUUUAAAUGCAAAUUGUCGUGUCUAUUGGCAGACGUCCUGUGUUUUUUAGAGAAACAAGAUGUCGGUGCCCGUGUGUGUGUGAUAGCGUGUGUUUCUCAUGAAGUAUUACAUUGUUCAGAAAGUUUUUACUAUCCAAUAUAACGAAGAAGGAAAGAAAAUAUUGGCAAUUGAUGUUUGUUUGAUAGAAAUUGGUGAAACUAUUGGUAUAUGAUUUGAAUGCAUCGGUGUGUGAAUGUAUACCUGUGUACAUGCUUCGCCUCAUUUGAUCCUCACUCCACAUUUCCAACCGAAACGUUAUAUUCUUUUGUUUUUCGGAUCUGCGUGAAAGUAUAAAACCGUUUUGUUUGCCUGUGUACAUUUUCUGUUGGAAAAGAAAAGUAUGAUGCUCAUCAAUACACACAAUACAUAUAAAA